AUGUCGCUAUCUCCAUACUUUUUCGACUACGAUCUACAACGACGAUGGCCCAGACGCCUUCUCGAGCAGAACUUUGGCCUCGCCCUGUCCCCCGACGACAUAUUCACAGCAGCAACUAGUCCGAUUAUCCCACGUGUAAACAAAUUCUGGUGGCCCCAAGAACCGAGUUCUUCCAUUAAAGUGGAUAAGGACAAGUGGUCUAUCAACAUUGAUGUUCAGCACUUUGCCCCGGAUGAAAUUGCUGUUAAAACCGCUGAUGGUUUUGUCGUCAUUGAAGGUAAACAUGAGGAGAAGCAAGAUGAGCAUGGUUUUGUGUCCCGGCAUUUUGUGAGGAGGUUCAAAAUGCCGCAAGAAGUUAACACUGAGGGUAUUGAGUCUCGUCUUUCCUCUGAUGGAGUCUUGAGCGUUUUGGCUCCCAAAAAAGGGGAUGUGCAGAAGGGUGAGAGGUCUGUUCCUAUUACACACACGGGGCCAGUGAGAAAAGAAGUUAAAGAAGAGAAGCCAGAACAAAAGGAAGAAAAGAAUGAGUAG